CAUGUUUGCUCUAGGUCUGCUCAUUUGUGUUGUGCUGAGAGCGCUUAGCGCUCGAGCUAAAGUGGUCACGAGCUUUAAUGAGUGCAGCGAGUUUUUCUAUCAAGGCACAGAACCAGCAGGGAUGGAUCAGAAUGCUAAGAGAAUCUGUCAGAAGGUAGAAUACGGAGGGUUUUAUUACGCUACACUGUACUCUGUUCCUCAACGAAUGCCUCUCUACAGCGCGUACACACUGGAUCGUGACUGCACAACCACCACGGGGAGGGCAGACGUCUGGCAUGUUGAGACUCAGAUUUCACAGCCUGGAUCCCGAACUGAUCACAUGGUUCGCGAGAGAGACUCCAAUAUCAACACUAUUAAAGCAAAACAAGCCAUCAGCGAUGACUACACCGAUACCGGGUAUGAUCGUGGACACCUGAACCCCAACAGCUUCCAGUGCGAUGAAGGCCGUAAGGCGACAUUCACUCUGACCAACGCCGCACCGAUGGAUGCGUGUUUUAACAGAAUCCACUGGAAAAGUUGGGAGAGCACCACGAGAAGUUUGUUACUAGGCAAGCUUAUCACUGAUGGUUCCUCUGCAGAAGCCUACAUUGUCACAGGUACGGUGCCCAGUGCAGAUAUACGAAUACCACAAAAAGAAGUUUCCACUGACCCCGAAAGAGUGACAGUGCCCUCUCACAUUUGGACGGCUGUCUGCUAUAAACACCAGACAGAUCCCGAACAGUCUUUUUCGUUCAGCUAUUUGGGAAAAAACCUUCCCGAAGGUGGAAUAAGCCUGAUGAGUGUCUCGAACCUGAACAUUCAGCUCAGUCAACUCUACGGUCAACUCUCGGGAACUUCUCCGUUGAUUAGUGUCUUUGCUGAUGAUUGUUUUGAAGACAAUAAUAAACUGAACAAGGUUCAGACUGCGUUUCAGAAAUUAAUCAAUCUGGCAGCAAAUCAAGUCGUUCAAAUGAGCUCGAGCUCGCAGAACACGUAUAACGCACUGCAGAACGCCGUCAGCGAUUACAGCAUACCUUCAAAGAAAUUCAAAGUGAGUCAGAUGACGGUAAAGCUAGCUUUUGACAGCUUGAGCACUUACUUCACCGUGGCAGAAGUACUGAAGACUCUUUAUACAAGCAGUUGUCUUAUAACUCGUGCCAAACCACUGGUAAGGAGGCUUGGAAAGAGGGAUUUGUCUGAUGAAUCGUCAGAUGCAGUUGAAUGCUUGUUGGUGCCAGAGAAGCAGAUUACUGCAGCUGAUGGCUCGUCCUGCUUAACCAUAUAUAAAACUCAUUACUGGUGUAAUUGUUCCCCAAAACCAGGAGAUGCUGCCAAGUCUUGCUGCACCUCGCCCUGUCUGUACAAGGCCAAACUUCGGGACUACAGGUGUUACAAUGGCCAGUAUCUGAUCAGUUGUUCACCACAGUACUCCCUCAUCACGGUUAACGGAGAGACCUGCAAGGAUGAGCACCCAUGCGCUACCUACGGCUAUGACUACUACUGGUGCAGGACCACCUCUGACAAAUGGGACUACUGCAGUCCUCCACUGUGGAACAGUAAGGCUGAAAAUGGAAAGUACUGCCGCACCAACCACGCCUGUGCAAAAUACGGUGAAAGCAAGCCGUGGUGCUACACAGACAACGAAGGCACUAGAGGCCACUGCUGUACUUCAGACGACUGCUACUCCGCUGUGAACGGCAAAACCUGCAGGCCUAAUCACAAAUGCAGCAACUACGGUAAAAAGUACCUCUGGUGCUACAUUGAUGAUGACAACAACUGGGAGUAUUGUUGCACAAAAUGUAGUUACUAG